UAAGCACUUGUAUAGCUUUGGGUAAUAUCCUAAACUAAAGCUAUUUAAAAGGUUUUUUCUGAGUGGCAUGAAAAAUGAAGAGUAAUAUGGUUAAAAUGGAUCUCCAGGUGAUCAGUAGCCUUACAGAAGUUAUAUCGAAGGUGAAUGUUUCAUUUUGUUUAAAUCAAGUUAUCCUGCUGUCAUUAGAAAUCUCAGAGGUUCAGCCUUGUGGAAGGAUUUAAAGGCAACACUUCAACAAUAAUCGGAUUAAAAGGUCUUGCAUAGCUACAUGGUCUAAAAAAGAGAUAAAAGAAACCAGAGUUCAGACUCACCACAAAGAAAGGCAGUGAGCUGUGUGGUGCAGAAUCAACACACUGUUCUGAGACUUUGAUUUUGACAAUUACCUAAAGUAGGGAUGCCUGCAGAUUUCAAUGGUUACUGGAAAAUGGUCAGCAAUGACAAUUUUGAGGAGUAUCUGAAAGCACUGGAUGUAAAUGUUGCUAUAAGAAAAAUAGCAAACUUGCUAAAACCUGACAAAGAAAUCCUUCAGAAGGGGGAUCAUAUGAUCAUUAAAACGCUAAGCACUUUUAGAAACUACAUCAUGGAAUUUGAUGUAGGAAAGGAGUUUGAGGAGGAUUUAGCUGGGGUGGAUGAUCGCAAAUGCAUGACUACAGUAUCUUGGGAUGGAGAUAAGCUUCUUUGUGUACAGAAUGGAGAAAAAGAAGGUCGUGGUUGGACCCAGUGGAUUGAAGGAGAUGAAAUGCACCUGGAAAUAAGAGUGUGUGGAGUCAAGUGUAAGCAGGUCUUUAAGAAGGUACAGUGAGCCUACUGCUGAUACAGAAGUGAAGAACUGUAGAAUUUACAGGCUUACCACCAAAUCUCCAAAUGCUAGUAAUGAACAUCAUCAGUGACAAGAGCAAACACAGAAAUGAAGAUCAUACUAGAACUGUAUAGUUAGAAUAAAAUAUUUUUAACAAAUCUUUUUAAAGAAGUA